AUGCACGACAACCAACUCACGCACACCGAUCUCAAACCGGAGAACAUCCUCUUCAAGCGCUCCGACUACAUCUCCCUAGCAGGACUGACUACCACCAGUUUGACACCUGUCUUUCUUAUUUCCUCCUUUUUUGUAGAGUUGGGCUGGUCGCAACCCUGUGAUGUUUGGUCAAUCGGUUGCAUAAUCUUCGAACUCUACACUGGCUACACGCUGUUUCAAACUCACGAUAACCGGGAGCACCUGGCGAUGAUGGAACGCACUUUAGGGCAUAUCCCCUAUCGUAUGACCAGAAAGUCUCGGUACGUUGAUCCCUCCUCCCUCCGCCCCCUUCUGGCCACAUUUUUAUUUCCCCCAUUGAAUUUCACCUCCCCUCUCUUUCUUCUCACCUAUCGCGCAAAAUCCACCGAUGCAGCACUGGGUUUUUCUAUCACGGACGACUGGACUGGGACUUUUAUAGCCAAGAGGGCCGUUAUGUUCGCGAGAACUGUCGUCCGCUUCUUACGCUCCAACUACUUUUCGGAAUCCUCUGGCUCCGUAGUUUGCCCUGUCAAGUCGAAGGAAGCCAUUUCUGCAUGCAAGCCCCUACGGCGAUACUGCAAAGAGGAGAGCCAAGACACACUGGACAUGUUCGACCUAAUUUCCAAGAUGUUGGAGUAUGACCCCGCGGAUCGUAUACCCCUCGCCGCAGCAAUGACCCACCCCUUCUUUUUGCGAAUACCAGCGCAUCAACGGUUACCUUAUCGCUUUCGUCCCCACCACAACGUCGAUGGGCUUGCUGUGCCCCAGCAGGCUCUCGACGGUUCCUCGGGCAAUUCCACCACCUCCAAUUCCUCCUCUGACGGUGGUGGUAAUGCCCGGCGCAAGCAUUCAGACGUCCGAUAG